UCAUACAGUAUCACCCACAAUGCACCCCUACUGUCACAACAACACGUCGCCAUUUCACGGAUAGGGGGGACAGCUGAAACUCCCGCAAAAUAAUUUACAUCACCGGAGAUAUACCACAACACACGAACAUUAUCUAAAAGAAAACUGUAAAUGUGGCGAUAUUUGGCUCGGGUGAAUGUGCCGGCCGGGGUUGAAGUUGCCAGUGAUCGGAUUUUUUCACAUCAACAGCUAGCCAGCUGCCAAGUGUAAACAUAAGGAUGAAGAGGGUGAAAGGAGAUGAGGACGCCUGCAGCUCUUCCAGCGAGGGCCCAACCGAGUCCUGCAAGAAGGUGCGGAAGCUACAGCCUAGCAAAGAGAAACACCAAGAGGAGGAAGAAGAGACUGAUGUAGAUCUCUGCGAGUUUGGUUUCGACUGGGCACUGCUCCCUCAGGAGAUCCUGCUCAACAUCUUUCAAUUCCUGCCUCUUCUGGACCGGGUGUACGCCUCGCAAGUGUGCCGCGGCUGGAACCAAGCUUUCCACAUGCCCGAGCUAUGGAGGUGCUUUGAGUUUGAGCUGAACCAGCCUGCCAGUUCUUACCUGAAGGCGACACACCCAGACCUAAUCAAACAGAUCAUCAAGAGGCAUUCGAACCACCUGCAGUAUGUCAGCUUCAAAGUGGACAGCAGCACGGAAUCUGCAGAGGCAGCCUGUGACAUUCUCUCCCAGCUGGUGAACUGUUCACUAAAGACACUAGGGCUCAUCUCCACGGCCAGACCCAGCUUCAUGGAGUUGCCCAAGUCUCAUUUCAUCUCGGCCCUGACGGUGGUGUUUGUCAACUCCAAGUCCCUGUCAUCGCUGAAGAUCGACGACACACCGGUGGACGACCCGUCCCUGAAGGUCCUGGUGGCCAACAACAGCGACACGCUGAGGAUGUUGAAGAUGAGCAGCUGCCCUCAUGUCUCCCCUGCAGGUAUCCUGUGUGUGGCGGACCAGUGCCAUGGCCUGAGGGAGCUGGCGCUGAACUACCACCUGCUGAGUGACGAGCUCUUAUUAGCCCUCUCCUCUGAGAAACACGCGCACCUGGAGCAUCUCCGCAUUGAUGUGGUCAGCGAGAACUCCGGGCAGCACUUCCACACCAUCAAGAAGUCCAGCUGGGACGCUAUGCUGCGCCACUCGCCCAAGUUCAACCUGGUCAUGUACUUCUUCCUCUACGAGGACGAGUUCGGCCCCUUCUUCAGGGAGGAGGUCCCCGUCACCCACCUCUACUUUGGUCGCUCAGUCAGUAAGGAUGUGCUGGGCCGCGUGGGGCUCCACUGCCCCCGGUUGGUGGAGUUGGUGGUGUGCGCCAACGGGCUGCGGCCGCUGGACGAGGAGCUAAUCCGCAUCGCCAAGCGCUGCACCCAGCUGUCGGCCAUUGGCCUUGGGGAGUGUGAGGUGUCGUGCAGCGCGUUCGUGGAAUUUGUGAAGCUGUGCGGUCGGAGGUUGUCCCAGCUGUCCAUCAUGGAGGAGGUGCUGAUUUCCGACCAUAAGUACAACCUGGACGAAAUCCACUGGGAGGUGUCAAAGCACCUCGGCCGUGUCUGGUUCCCCGACAUGAUGCCCACCUGGUAGAGCCGUUGAAGGGGGCUGUGGAUUUACUGCACACAGAGUUUGACAUACUUUUCUCUUUUCUUCCCACCUUGAAACUCUGUUCGAAGCAUCCGUGGAGUCCAUGUUGGCUGCGAAGGAACAACCGAAGAUAAUCGUGUUCUACUUAAAAUGCGAAUUUUUCAGGGAUGAGAUUUUUCCUGAUUAAUCAGUAAUUCCUACUUUUCUCACUGUAUACUCCAUUCAUAUACACUGAACAACGAUAUAAACACAACAUGUAAAGUGUUGUUCGAAUGUUUCAUGAGCCGAAAUAAAAGAUCCCAAAUGUACAAAAAGCUUAUUUUUCUCAAAUUUUGUGUACAAAUUUGUGUAGAUCCCUGUUAGUGAGCAUUUCUCAUUUGCCAAGAUAAUCCGUCCACCUGAUAGGUGUGGCAUAUCAAUAAGUGUAUUAAACAGCAUGGUCAUUACACAGGUGCACCUUGUGCUGGGGACAAAAGGCCACUCUCUAAAAUUUGCAGUCUUGUCACAGUACACAAUGCCACAGAUGUCAGAGAAUUUAAUGUUUAUUUCUCUACCGUAAACUGCCUCCAAUGUGGUUUUAGAGAAUUUAGCAGUAUGCCCAACCGGCCUCGCAACCGCAGAGCACGUGUAUGGUGUCGUGUGGGCGAGCAGUUUGAGUGCCCCAUGGAAGCUGUGGGAUAAUGGUAUGGGCAGGCAUACGCUACGGACAACAAACACAAUUUCAUUUUAUCAAUGGAAAUUUUUAAGCACAAAAAUAUCGUGACGGGAUCCUGAGGCAUGAUAAUGCACAACCCCAUGUCGCAAGGAUCAGUACAGAAUUCUUGGAAGCUGAAAACUUCCCAGUUUUUCCAUGGCUUUUUUCCCCCCCAUGUAUCUGCGACCAACAGAUUCAUAUCUGUAUUCCCAGUCAUGUGAAAUCCAUAGAUUGGGGCUUAAUGAAUUUAUUUAAAUUGACAUAUUUCCUUAUGAACUGUAACUCAGUAUAAUCUUUGAAAUUGUUGCAUUUAUGUUUGUUCAGUGUAUUUAAAACUGACCUGUCCCCUAGAGCUCAGACAAAACUGAAUUUCCAGAUUUUCUAUUGAUCACAUCCAUGAAAUGUAUUAAGUUCUUGUUAUGGGAUUUUUUGUGUCAACAUGGAGUCUAGUUUUCCAAACUCUGUACUGUAUGGCUUUGUGAUAGAGGAGCACACCCCUCCCCAGACGUAAGAGGCUACACUGGUCAGGGACACAGGGUGCAGUCAUAUAAUCAUUAAAAUAAAUAAAUUAGGCCCUAAUCUAUGGAUUUCACAUGACUGGGCAGGAGUGCAGCCAUGGGUGGGCCUAGGAGGGCAUAGGCCCACCCAAUCAGAAUGAGCGGGCAGCACACAUGUGGGAUUGAGGCUUGCAAACACGCUCCCUCAACUUGAGACAUCUGUGGCGUUGUGUGACAAUGUGGCCUUUUAUUGUCCCCAGCACAAGGUGCACCCGUGUAAGCUUGUGCGUAUGGAAAAUUUAUGGGAUCUUUUAUUUCAGCUCAUGAAACAUAAGACCAACACUUUACAUGUUGCGUUUAUAUUUUUGUUCAGUAUAGAUCUACUCAGGCUUUUAUAAAGCUAACCAGCUUCAGUUAGCUUCACAUUCCAGGUCAGGCUUCAUCCAUACUACGAUGGUGGAUAUUGCUUGCCCACCUGCCGCUAACUCUAGCAGGCUUGUAUCUGCCCAUGGUUAGUCAAACUCUUCAUUGAGAGAAUGCUGAAACGUCCAUCCAUGGGUGAGUCAGUGCCACAUUUUCAUUUGUGCCGAAAUCAAAAUGAAAGAAAAGUUAUCUGGGAAAUUCAGCAGGCUAUGGUAUGAAAUAGGCUUUUAGAAGUGCCGUCUUUGGUGUGCUUAUCACUGUACGAGCAUCUCUUUCCCCACUCCUAUCGCUCUUUCUAUCUGUGGAACAGCUUGUUGCAUUGUGGCCAUAGACAUAUAAUACAUAGAAGAGUUUUUUGAAUCUCUAACCCUGGCAAUUUGACUGUUAAACUCAUGGGUACACGAGCAAUGGUUUCCAGUCUUGACUUGAAUGGGAACAGCCAUCUAUGGAUUAUAUGUCUAUGGUUGUUUGCGGCUGUCAGUUUGCCUUUCACAAAUUUCUAAAUACAAUCUCGUGAAAAACUUACAUUUUGGAAAUGCUGUCACUACUAAAUGUGUAAGGUAUUUUACCAUUUACACAUUUUAAUUAUUUUUUUAUCAGUCUUCCUCAAACGAAGGGGGUGAUGACACAAACUUUGUGAGAGGGAGGGUAUCUGAUUCCAUUGGUCCUCAGCUCGUGGCUCAGACACUCCUUAUACGCCCAUUGGACAAUCAAUACAAAGACCAUUAAAAGGUGGAGAGAGGACUGGAAGCCUCAUGUUGUGAGGUAUGCUACCCGACACUACAACAGAAUAAGCUAAAAGAUGCAAGGCUAAGAAUUGGACAGGAACUCUGCACUUUUUGCAACAAAUAGUUGGUGUUUGAUUCAUUUCAGUUGCCACAAUUGUUUGUGUAUUUAACAGAUGGAAAGGGUGAUUCAAAAUAAUCUGAAUCUAAAAUUAUAUCAGACAUUUCACACUAAGGGCAAUCGGGGAUGUGAAGCUACUUGUACUCAUUCAUGAUGCACCUAUAUGGACUGGUAACUUUAGAUAUAUUCUCAGUUGUCGAUCCUGACCGGUUUCCCAGAAUGGAAUUUCCUCGGGACUAUUCUAAUCUAGAACAUCAAGGGUGAAAUCAGGUUCUUGAAUGCAGAAAAUUAGCUUAUCACUAGCUAGUGCCAGACUAGGCAUGUCUUCUGGUCCAGUGAACUUAGUUACUGGCUGUUUCCUGGGUAGCCAACGCGUAGGUGAGGAUGAGUACAAGAGAAAGCAAAACCCGUAUGCUAUUUGAAGCGUUCAGUGGUGUACAGUUUUGUUUAUAUAUAUAUUUAUGUAUCCCUGUCAAAUUCACAAAUCCUUAGUUUCUGGGGGUUAGUUAUGGUUGUAAGCACCUUAAAUGUAUACCAAAAUUAUAAAGAGUAGGCCUACUAGUUGGGAGAAAGUGACUGGUUGGGAGAAUGAAGCCUGUUGAUUUAGAGGGUUGUAACAUUUUCUAGAUAUCAGUUGUUAGACUAUUUUGGGGGUUUUGUCACCAUGCCCCAAAAUAAGUAAUUUAUUUUCAUACAGAAAACAAAAAGGUGUUGCCAUUACACAAGUUCAUCAUGGAAUGUCUCCUUUUUCAAACAUUUUCUCAUUUGGACCGUACAAAUCGCAAAGCAUUUUUUUCCACCCCAAAUUUGAGGUUUAGGGUUCUGGUGUGAUAUAUACCUACCAUUACAAUUUUAUCUAGCAAUACAUGGGAAAUAAAUAUAGUUUCAAAAGAUAACAUGACAUGUAUACAAAAAUAAAUGUGUAAAUAUGAAUAUUUAUAUAUUGUAUAUAUAAAAUAACUUUGUUAGAGUUUGGAGAAAAGAGGGUGAAUAUUGGGCAGAUUGAGAGCACCGUGGUCUGGUGUUCCAUCUGUUUUGAUGUCGCUAGCCAGAAUUAGUCUACCUAAGUAAUUCAGGUGCCCAUUUCGUUUUUGAAUGUGAUCGCACAAGCGUGGAUUAAUGAUUUAAUUUGUAUUUUCUGUUAUUUGUCCUAGAUUUUAAGCCUUGGCUUUCUGUUAUGGAUGCCUGUCCCUCCAUUCACGUAACUUGCUAUGUCUAGCGUGAGUGGUUGCGUCAUACCGAGAGGAGAGAGAAGUUUUUAUGACAUAACCUUAAACAGUACAGUAUACGCAAUACAGUACCAUUAUUGACUGUUUACUAUUCAGUAUGAGAUAAGGAAGUCCCAAUGUGUCUGUAUAUAAAAUGCUGUGUUUGAUAUGAAUAAAGUACUUAUUUCUCUUGCA